CUGCUUCCGCUAUGGUAUAAUUAUAUAUAACCCUUUCCAUUUUCAUUGCUUCCCCUGAAUCUCUUCUUCCUCCUCACCCUCUCCGGUCGUUCUGGGCGACCUCCGAUAAUCCUCGACUGCAAGUUCUGCCGCUUACUGCCCAACCGAAGUGAAAGAGGCAGUAAUAAGAUCAAACUCGAAGAACAGAAUCCAUAUUUGGUUAAUUCUCAAGUGGAUUUCAGAAGACUGGGGGAUUGAUGGAUAUGUCUCAGAACACCCCAGCAGGGACCGGGGGGAAUGGAGGAAAUGGGAUAUUAAAUCCACAGACCAAUGAUGUAGGAGGAGCUGGAUCAGAUGAUCUGAAGCAAAACCUGAACCAAGUCAUCAACUCAAUCCAGAAAACUCUCGGCCUCCUUCACCAGCUCUAUCUCACCGUCUCUUCCUACAAUGCUGCCCUUCAACUCCCUCUCCUCCAGCGCAUAAAUUCUCUGGUCAUGGAGCUUGAUAACAUGGUCAAAUUAUCAGAGAAGUGCAAUAUUCAGGUCCCAAUGGAAGUCCUCAAUUUGAUUGAUGAGGGUAAGAACCCGGAUGAGUUCACAAGAGAUGUUUUGAACAGUUGCAUAGCUAAAAAUCAGAUCAUGAAGGGAAAGACUGAUGCCUUCAAGGGUUUGCGUAAACAUCUUCUGGAAGAACUUGAGCAGGCAUUUCCCGGUGAAGUUGAAUCUUUCAGAGAGAUCAGAGCAGCUUCCGCUGCCGACUCGAAACGACUGGUGCAGGCCCAAAAUAUUUUACCGAAUGGGGAUGUGAAGGUCAAAACUGAGCUGUAGACUUGCUCCACAACGAGCCUGAUUCUUCUGCUCCUUUAUGUUCGCCCCUUGUGGUAUCUGCAGCACCAUCUUUGCCCGUCUGUAUUAUAGAGAUGAAGCUAUUCUCAUUCUGUAUGUUAUAUUUUAGAGAACAUGCGAGGUUCCCAAGAACUCCAGAUCUUGAAGAUUGUCGUCUUAAUUGUAAAUUUUCAUCUCAUUGUAGCUAAAAGUUUCUGUUAGAGCAAUGUUAUCAAUAAAUCUCAAGUUCCUGACA